AUGGCAAACUAUGGUCAAGUGCCAACAGAUGUACAAAUGCAAACUGCCAUGUCAAAUGACGCUGCGUUAGGUUUGCCACCAUGGUAUGCAAAUAUGAGAUGGAAAGAGUUUUAUACAAACCCUGAGGUGGGAUAUAAACAACUUUAUGCAGAUGACGCGAACACAGGAGUUGACCCAGAAUAUGUUUUCUACCAGAGGAGAAACAGAAUGUAUGAGCUCCAGUUAAAGAAUGCUAUGGAACUCAACAGGAAACGUAAGAGACUAGGCGGACAUUAG